AUGGACGCUUCUCCCAGAUCAACGAAGCGGAGGAAGCUCGAUACAUCUGACACGCCCACGCCCACCCCCGCUCGGAGCUCAGCAAUUCCCCAUACCCCAGCAACAGGCACCCUUAAGCGACCGACCAGGAGCAGCACUCGUCGGUCAGCAGUCAAUGGCUCAGGCGCGAGCACCGAGAGGCUCACACUGGAUGAGACCAACACUGGAGCUGGAACUGCUAGCUCGCCGAUAGUCGCGGCGAAUGCAACUCAGCGUGAAGGGCGCAAGAACCCGGAGAACGAGGCGGAUGUCUACGACGAUAUUGACGGGGCAUUGACCGGAGAUGCGCCCUCAAAACAUCUCCGUAAACGCCUGGCAGGAACUACAAACGGAAGCGAACCCAUAGCCGCCCAGACCCCGGCGCGCAGAAAAUUCACGCGCGGGAAGCCAACUACUGCCCAAGCCAACAACACUCCCCAGAAACCAGCACAGGAUGGGGAGGAUGAACUGGCCGUCGCACGACGCUCAGGCAGUCGAAGGGCAAGAUUACUUGCCGAGUUCAAGCCAGUUACAGGAACGUCGCCGAAGAAGACCGAAACUCCGUCCGGGCGAAACCGACAAGCAAAAGAUGGGGAAGCAGCAGCAGCAUCGAAGGAGCUAGAGGCAGCAGAGAUUCCCAAGCCACAAGAUGAGGCAGACAGUACGUCGGCGAAGCGCAAGAGAACAACUUCGUCACGAUUAAAUACUCGAAGAAGCAUUGGUGUGGUCGCUGAGCGACCUAGUGAAUCUGCGCAGCUAUCAGCAACACGGGAGAUCCGCGGGCGGGCGAAGGUUCCGGAUAACGUCGAGGACGUGUCCGAAGACGAGGCGGUUCAAGAGUCUAUUAUAAACAUUCCUGAAGGUACUGCCGGUGGCACAACGCCGAGGCGCCCCAAUAGAAAGAUCCAUAGGCUAGAUUGUCAUGUUCAUGAAGCGGAAACGGUGGAACAUGAACGGAGCCCCGGCACUGUAGAACAAGCAAAGGUGCCUCGAAAGAAAACCCCCAGCAGGGAGCAAACUACGAUUGCAAAGAACCGGGGGAUAGAACUGGAUGUUGAUUCUCCGAAGCCGCAGAUCAGCAGAUUCUUCGGACGAUUGCUUGGAAACGACCAACCAAGGUCACCACGGGUCGUCAGACGGAAUGCUGCCAACACGCCCGCAUACUUGAAGGAGCAGACAGAAGAUACAAGCCAAGGCGGCGAUGACCCGGACAGUGAUCGAACUGCUUCACCGAUGGUGUCUUCUGCGACAUCCCCUCCCUCGACUCGAGCCGAAUUUGCCCCUGAGGAGAACAAUCUUGUACUAGCGGGCUCUAAAGCACAAUCAGAGCGUCGGACCCUCAGCGAUGGCGGUCCAGCAAAGCUGCUUGUAACGCUCGUCAUGAAGAAACUGACAGGGAAACGACCGAUACCUUUAGUCGGCCUUGAUGAUGAAUACAGUAAAGUAUACCAACUGGUGGAACAGACAGUGAACGCCGGAGAGGGGAACUCCAUGCUGCUCAUUGGCUCAAGGGGCAGUGGUAAGAGCGCGCUGGUCAACAAAGUACUGAAGGAACUGUCGAAAGACAACCGCGAGAACUUCCACGUCGUCCGCCUCAACGGGUUCAUCCAUACCGACGAUAAGUUAGCGUUACGUGAAGUGUGGAGGCAGCUUGGAAAGGAGAUGGAUCUGGAAGAAGAUGCGCUUGGCAAGAACUACGCGGACACGCUCUCGAAACUGCUGGCUCUACUGUCUCAUCCGUCGGAGCUUGCAGGCGAGGAGUCUGACCAGGUCGCCAAAGCUGUGGUUUUCGUAAUGGAUGAGUUCGAUCUGUUUGCUUCGCAUCCUCGCCAGACGCUGCUGUACAAUUUGUUUGACAUUGCACAGUCCAGGAAGGCUCCGAUUGCGGUGUUGGGAUUAACGACUAAGAUUGAUGUGUCAGAGAGUCUGGAGAAGCGUGUCAAAAGUCGAUUCAGUCACCGUUAUGUCCAUUUGUCAGUCGCGAAGAACUUCCAGGCCUUCCAGGAGAUAUGCAAAUCAGCGCUUCAGAUCAAACUAGAAGAGCUAACUAUCGAGGAGCGAGCCAUACUCACGCAGCCUGCGAAGGCACCACAAAAAGGCAGAGGGCCGAAAGAGAUGUCCACGUCAGAUGUUCUGACUGGCUGGAACUCAUCCAUAUCAUCUCUCUUCGCCGACGCAUCUUUCCUCAACAGGCAUCUCGCGCCCCACUACCACCUCACAAAAUCCGUUCCCUCAGCUCUCUCAACCUUCCUCCUCUCCAUCUCCCACCUCUCUACCACAUCCAACCCCUACCUCUCACCAGCCUUCUUCCCGCCCUCCUCCGCUCCCUCAACAAUCCUCACACCCCCAGACUCCUCCCUCUCCCUCAUCCCCACCCUCCCAACCCUUGCCCUCGCCCUCCUAAUCGCCGCCGCCCGCCUCGACAUCAUCCUCGACACCCCAACCACAAACUUCAACAUGACCUACGCCGAGUACGUGUCUCUGGCCUCCACGGCGCGGACCCAGAGCGCCGCCGGCGGCGCACUGGCGACUGGCGGCGUGGGGGGCAGGGUCUGGGGGCGGGAUGUUGCGAGCGCCGAGUGGGAGAGGCUUGUGGGGUGCGGGCUGUUGGUUCCGGUGUCAGCCGGGGGAAGCAGCGUGACGGCUACGGGGAUGGUGCGGUGCGAUGUUAGUUUGAAGGAAAUUGGGGCGGUUGAGGGGUUGGAGGGAGGGAUGGUGAAGUGGUGUCGACAGAUUUGA